CAGUUCGCGCGGAGCGACGGUUCAGGGCGGUCGAGUCGGUGCGGACGAGCUGUGCGGAGUGCGGACUGACAGUGCGGGAGAGCUGUGCGGACAGACAUUGCGGACUUCUUGUUCGACAAAUAGUCGGAACCGUUUUAUAAAGCGGAAUAGCACCACUGAAGUGCCAUUUUUUACUCACUGAGCUUACUGAAAGGAUAGCGGUGUGAGAAGCGGCGGCGGUGUCCAUAUUGAUCGCUUUUGAAGACACGAGUUAGUUGAAGAAGAAACCACGAUGUUUCACAUGGAUCCAACCACUACCGACCUGCCUCUCCACUCUCCACUCAUGAAUACCGGCGUGUGUAACGGGGACAUUAUGAUCCUCGCGGGAAACUCGCACCCCGCGCUGGCCCAGCUGAUCGCAGAGAGGCUGGAUCGUAAGCUGGUGGAAAUCCAGAUCGGAAAGUUUGCCAACAAGGAGACUCAGCUGGAGAUAAUGCACUCGCUUCGCGACCGAGAUGUCUAUAUCUUGCAGACAGGAGGGAUCAUGGACGUCAACAACUCCAUCAUGGAGCUGCUGGUGAUGGCUUACGCCUGCAAGACGUCCUCAGCUCGCAACAUCAUCGGCGUGAUCCCCUACCUGCCGUACAGCAAGCAGUCCAAGAUGCGGAAACGGGGCUGCAUUGUCUCCAAACUGCUCGCCAAGAUGAUGUGCAAAGCGGGUCUGACGCACAUCAUCACGAUGGACCUCCAUCAGAAGGAGAUCCAGGGAUUUUUCGACUGCCCCGUGGACAAUCUGAGGGCGUCGCCGUUCCUGCUCAACUAUAUCGUCGAACAGAUCCCCGACUACCGCAACUCCGUGAUUGUGGCCAAGGACCCGGCCUCCUGUAAGAGGGCCACCUCGUACGCCGAACGACUUCGCGUCGGAAUUGCCGUCAUCCACGGCGAGGCCAAGACGCGUUUCGAUGACGACUACGAGGACGCGGACGAAGACGGCGAUGACGGCCGUACGUCACCGCCGCCGCUGCCGGCCAGGCAGCAGGGCCGCCUGCACUCGUCCGUCUCCAUGUCGUCGUUUAUGGAGCGCUCCGAGCCUGGCGCCGAGCCCGGCCCCGUCACGGCCGCUGCCGCCGCCGCCGCCGCCCUGCGCCGCGGCCGCCCCCGCCUCCGUUCAGCGGCCUCCGUCUGCUUCGGCGAGGUGGACCCGUCCCGCAUCAUGUCGGUUGGAGUCACCGGCGUACCGAUGCAGGCUGCCAAGGAGAAGCCGCCCAUCUCUGUGGUCGGCGACGUCGGUGGCAGGAUCGCCAUCAUGGUGGAUGACAUGAUCGACGAUGUGCGCUCGUUUGUGGCCGCCGCUGAGAUGCUGAAGGAGCGUGGCGCCUACAAGAUCUACGUGAUGGCCACGCACGGACUGCUGUCGGCCGACGCGCCGCGCCUCAUCGAGGAGUCGGCCAUUGAUGAGGUGGUGGUGACCAACACGGUGCCGCACGACGUACAGAAGAUUCACUGCCACAAAAUCAAAACGGUCGACGUCAGCAUCCUGCUCUCGGAGGCCAUCAGGCGUCUGCACAACAAGGAGAGUCUCAGCUAUCUGUUCAGGAACAUCACCAUGGAGGAUUAGAUGCGCUAGAGAGCGAGGGCUAGUGAAAGAGGGGAUUGGAGUGCGAGGUAUAGGGGGAGGAAGAAGAGAAAUGUGAGGACUUGUCUGCUACCGGAAAUCGACGAACGCAGGGAAAUAAGAGAGAGGAAGGUAGCGAGACAGUAAAAAAGGAGGAGAGUGGAGGGCAGUGUAGAAAGAUGAGAAUCGUUUAUGAGAGAGUGGUAGAGAGAACAGGGCGAGGUCGCCAGAGGGUAUUCGCUACUCGUUUGAAGUGGAUAUGGCUGUCACUAGAUGACGCCAUCUGUGUAACUGGAGAAAAUGAAAAGGCUGUUGUAUUUGUGCGCGGCUUGCCGUAUGUCGGGGUAGGACUAGGGGAUGUUGCCAGAUUUGACAGGUGUCACUCACAGUUGGAAGUGCCGGAUUCUGGACUUCACGCUAAGUAUACGAUCUUAAGUAUCGAGUUCUAAAUUCCUCAGAGUAUUGAGCAUUUCAGAUAGAUCGAAAACCAACCGUCAAGUGCCAGUAAAAAAAAGUGGAUCGAGUUGCAUGCGAACAUUCAUGUUUGGGAAAUAUCGGCCGUAAUUGACUCGUUAUGAUAUGAUCGAGAGGUAGUUGGACCCCAUAAAACGAGCCCGUUGGAACAUUGGAACUCGGCCAGGUGUUAGGGGGGUGUAGGUGGAAUCCCGUGAGGAUCCAAUGGGAUAGACUGGACUCCGUGAGAGUCCUGUAGGGUUAGUGGGACUUCGCUAGGAUCCAGUGGGAUCUGUAGGACUCCUGGAUCGAUGGGAUCAUUUGUAAGAGCACUUGGUCCUCUGAUUGGGAAGAACAGUUGACAUGUAGCGAUGUCCUGUGCAAUAGGCGAGCUAGGCAACGAUCACCAUCGGUUCUGACUGCGAGUGGUGCCAUAUAAUUGUGGCGACAAAUUGUGUCAGUAAAUUUCAAUGCAAGGCUGUUUUGCGGGAGGGUGAUGGUUGAAAAUGAGGUAGUGCCAUUAUUGACAAUAUUCCUGAUAUUUGUAUGUCGGGCAUCAGUGAAACUGUGGUCAUUUGUGACGAUGUCGUACGCGUACGUUGUCUGGGUAAAUGCGUUAGGUUAGAUGCACGCGUAUUAUGUUACAUGUACUCUCUCACCAUUUGCCUGACUUUUGUUACAUUUGAUUAUCUGUCUACGGGGUAUUGUGUCUGUAUCGGUAGCUUAGUGACAACUUGUACUCGUUAUGUGUUCUUUAUAACCGUACUAGCGGGCAGACAUACGCUUGGAAGUCUUAGAACUGCUUAGCUUCUGUGCACUGGCGAUUCGAUGCCGAGCAAAAAUGUCGCAUGUUAUUCUCCUCGUGUCUUGUUUCCGCUAUGGUACAUCUAACUAAUAAAUGUAUAAUUUCUA